CUCAGGAGGAGCUGAAAGCUGCCUACCGCCGGCUGUGCAUGCUGUACCACCCGGACAAGCACAGGGACCCCGAGCUCAAAACGCAAGCCGAGCGGCUCUUCAACCUCGUUCACCAAGCUUAUGAAGUGCUUAGCGAUCCACAGACCAGAGCCAUCUAUGACAUAUAUGGGAGGAGAGGACUGGAAAUGGAAGGAUGGGAGGUCGUGGAAAGGAAGAGAACUCCAGCUGAAAUCAGAGAAGAAUUUGAGCGUUUGCAGAGAGAGAGGGAAGAAAGACGACUGCAGCAGCGAACUAAUCCAAAGGGAACAAUUAGUGUCGGAAUAGAUGCCACUGACCUCUUUGAUCGUUACGACGAAGAAUAUGAAGACGUGCCUGGGAGCAGCUUUCCCCAGAUCGAGAUAAACAAAAUGCACAUAUCCCAGUCCAUCGAGGCACCACUGACUGCCACGGACACAGCAAUACUGUCUGGUAACCUUUCCACCCAGAACGGGAACGGAGGUGGAUCGAUUAAUCUUGCUCUGAGACGAGUGACAUCUGCCAAGGGAUGGGGAGAGUUGGAGCUUGGAGCAGGAGACCUUCAGGGACCUCUCUUCGGUCUGAAGAUGUUCCGUAAUCUUACGCCAAGAUGUUUCAUCACUACAAACUGCGCCCUGCAGUUUUCAUCCCGUGGGAUCCGCCCAGGCCUCACCACGGUCCUAGCCCGCAACCUCGACAAGAACACGAUGGGGUACUUGCAGUGGCGGUGGGGCAUCCAGUCAGCCAUGAACACCAGUAUUGUCCGGGAUACAAAAACCAGCCAUUUCACCGUGGCGUUACAGCUGGGAAUCCCCCAUUCUUUCAUGAUGGUCAGUUAUCAGCAUAAGUUUCAGGACGAGGAUCAGACACGAGUGAAAGGUUCUCUCAAGGCGGGUUUCUUUGGGACCAUAGUGGAGUACGGAGCAGAGAGGAAGAUUUCCAGACACAGCGUUUUAGGAGCCACUGUCAGUGUUGGUGUUCCCCAAGGAGUAUCCUUGAAAAUCAAGUUGAAUAGGGCUAGCCAGACCUACUUCUUCCCCGUCCACCUAACGGAUCAGCUGCUUCCCAGUGCUGUAUUUUAUGCCACUGUGGGACCUCUCGUUAUCUACUUCGCCAUGCAUAGGCUAAUCAUCAAACCCUACCUCCGGGCACAAAAGGAGAGAGAGCUGGAGAAGCAAAGGGAGAGCACGGCCAGCGAUAUCCUGCAGAAGAAGCAGGAGGCUGAAGCUGCGGUCCGGUUAAUGCAAGAGUCUGUCCGGAGGAUAAUUGAAGCAGAGGAAGCCAGAAUGGGUUUGAUUGUAGUGAACGCCUGGUAUGGGAAGUUUGUUAAUGACAACAGCAGGAAGAAUGAGAAGGUGAAAGUAAUAGAUGUGACUGUGCCCCUGCAGUGCUUGGUGAAAGACUCCAAACUCAUCCUUACAGAGGCAUCCAAGGCUGGGCUGCCGGGUUUCUAUGACCCCUGCGUGGGUGAGGAGAAGAGUUUGAAAGUGCUUUAUCAGUUCCGAGGAGUUCUGCACCAAGUGAUGUCAGCUGACAAUGAGGCCCUUAGGAUACCAAAGCAAUCUCACAGAAUCGAUGCAGAUGGCUAAUCUGGUGAGAGCGUGCGCGUCCGUUACAGUACCUGGGUCAACGGAAACUGCAAAACCUUCCCCCAGAUGCUACGAGUUUGAACAGAGACAUUUUUAUUUUUGCUGUCCGUAUAGCAGGCGGUGUCCUACCAGAUACGUUAGGAGACAAAAUGAGAGAACCUGCUUCUACGGGUGGCUCCAAGGCAAUACUGCUCUGAAUUGUGGCUCAGUAACCAAUAAAGCAACGUGACUCUGAACGUGCAGUGCUUUCUGCUGAGGUUGAGCGAGCGGGCACUGCGCACCGCCCGUCACGCAGCCCUGUCCUUCCUGCUGCCGUUUGGCCACAGUCCGUUUGCGCGGUCUUGAGUGUAUCUCCCUGUGCUGAGCAGGGAAGACCUGUUGUUCUCGCCUCUCCUGGGGUAGGUAACAUACCUUU